AUGCGCCACGCCCAUUUCUAUAGGGGCGAUGGCGCUUACAUGUACCGCUCGUCGCACUCCCUAGCGCUCGUCGCACUCCCUUCCGCCGUCGCCCUCCCUUCCGUCCGUCACCCUCCAUUCCGUCGUCGCCCUCCCUUCCGCCCGUCGCCCGUCCCCAUGCCUUCCGCCCGUCGCUCUCCCUUCCGCCCGUCGCCCUCCCUUCCGCCCGUCACCCUCCCUUCGUCUCGUUGCCCUCCCUUCCUCCCAUUGCCCUCCCAACCACCCGCCGCCCUACCUUCCCCUCGUCGCGCUCCCUUCCGCUUGUUGCCCCCCUUUGUCUCAUCGCGCUCCCUGCUGCUCAUCGCCCUCCCUCUCGCUCGUCCCCUCGCCCUCCCCGUAUCUCGCUCCCCUCAUCGCCCUUGCAUCCUCGCCCUGCUUUCCUGUGUCCCUGUGUCCCUUUCCCUGCUUCCUCGUGUUCCCUUCCCUGCUUCCCCGUGUCCCCUUCCCUACUUCCCCGUGUCCCCUGCUUCCCCCCAUCCCCUUCCCUGCGUCCCCCCAUCCCCUGCUUCCGCGUGUCCCCUUCCUUGCUUCCCCCCAUCCCCUUCCCUGCUUCCCCGUGUCCCCUUCCCUGCUUCCCUGUGUCCCUUUCCCUACUUCCCCGUGUCCCCUUCCCUGCUUCCCCCCAUCGGAAUCCCUGCUUCAAUUCCCUGCUUUCCCCCAUCCACUUCCCUGCUUCCCUUCAUCCCCUUCCCCGCUCCCCCCCAUCCACUUCCCUGUUUCCCCCCAUCCCCUUCCCUGCUUCCGCCCAUCCCAAUCCUUGCUUUCGCCCAUCCCAAUCCCUUCUUCCCCCCAUCCCCUUCCCAGCUUCCUCCCAUCCUCUUCCCUGCUUCCCCCCCAUCCCCUUCCCUCCCUCCCCCCUUUCUGCUUCCUUUAUCCUCGCCCACCUCACCGCCUGCCCAAGUAUCGCCUGCCCACCUUACCACCUCAAAUCAUUUCUUUCUCAUCCGCGUGCAGGUGUGGCGGAAGGUGCACGUCGCGCGGAGCGUAUUGGAGGAGUGGUUUGAUGUGAUAAUCACUGAGAACGCCAUUCUUUGGCAUGUCAACCCCCGCCAAGCUUAG